AUGUACCUGACUUCCGCGCUGGUCGCCAGUGCUCUGGCCUUGCGCGCCUCAGCAUUCCUUGUACCCCUCGAGGUCUCAAACGCGGCAGAACAGGCCAAAUCCGAACUCGCCGCCCUCCUCACCAAGACAGGUCGUACUGUUGACCUCGACUGCCCUGGAUGUCCUUUCUUCGGCAUUGAGGACACCACAAAACUUCAAUACAAUGUUGAGACCAAAAUACAUCUCGAGUUCAACGUUGGCUCCAACCAAGAUCUGACCAUCAAUGGGCGCCCCAUCAUACCGACCAACCCGGACACUCCAUCCCUUGUUGCAGCUCCUCAAAUAAGAGCGGAAGAUGGAGAACAAACCGCCCCGAUCCCCCUCGACUUCGCGUAUGAGAAACUACCACCGGUGACGUCGGCCGAGGAACCCGACAAAACCAUUCUGCCCUUCAGACUCACCAUUGUAGGUCUGAACAUGCAUCCGGUCACCGUUGACAGCCUGGCCAUCGACAUACUGCAAACCCCGGAUCAUACUUCUGUUGUCCGCAUCACCAAUAUCCCGUUCGAAGACACUCCGGGUGCUACCACAUGUGACACAUCUUCAAACUGGUCCCUUUGCCGUCUGCGGGCCAUUGUUGCUGCGCGCAUUCAAUCCAUCGUGGAUGCUGCAAGGGCACACGCUCAUGGUGCCAAGGGUUGGGUCAGCGGCAAAGGUUGCAAGGGCAAGAAGUUCGGAAAGGAAGGCGUACAUCAUAAACAUGGACACGGGCACCACAUGGGAGGCCAUCACCACCGUCACCACCGCCUCCACCGCCUUGGACGCAUGAUGCACAAGACUCUUCGUUUCUUCGUCAUUCCUGCCCUACUUGGCGUCAUUGGCGGCCUGAUGGCCAGUGCUAUCGGUAUGCUCGUGGGCCAGUCGAUCUCCUACCUCUGGAUCAGAUUCCACCGCAACGGUCACCGCCGUCACGCGGACGUUCAGGUGGUUGAGAUUGUCGUUGAUGAGGACGAGAAGGACGCAUUACUGAUUGACGGUGAACUCCCUCCCCCGCCACAGUACGAGGAUGUGGAAGCCAAUGCCGAAGGAGUCAAAAGUGACGAGAAGCAUUGA